AUGGCAGCUAAUUACUGGACUUCAACCCAACGCAAGUUUUGGACACACACACCAGAAAGACUGGCUGAGAUCCGUGACGACUUGGAAAAAGCCAAUUCUAAAGUCUAUGAGCAAUAUCCAUACCCGGACCGGCGACAUGUCUUCAUCUUCAUACGCGACCGACUACUCCUACUCGCGAAACGUCUACAGUUCCGACAACAAUGCGUCGCCACGGCUCUAGUCUACCUGCAGCGCUACUUCCUCUCCACGCCCAUGCAGAACGUCAAUCUCUACCUCUUGGUUGCAACGGCAUUCUACCUCUCCUCCAAGACUGAAGAGUCACCACAUCACAUACGACUCGUUGCCGCCGAAGCACGCCAGUCAUGGCCGGAAUUCGUGCCGGGCGACGUAUCCCGCCUUGGCGAAAUGGAGUUCUGUCUUAUUAGCGACAUGCGCUCCCAGCUGAUCGUCUGGCACCCGUACCGCUCGUUGAUCGCGCUGAAGGAGAACCAGGAUCUGAAACUUAGCAACGACGAGCUUGGCCUGGCGUGGUCCAUCAUCAACGACAGCUUCAUGACCGAUCUACCGCUAACAUGUCCGCCGCAUCUCACUGCCGUGAUUGCCAUAUUCCUCGCGGUGGUUUUCUUGCCCACGGCCAGGGCAACCGGCACCCUGCGUCCGCUGCCGCACGACUCGGUGACCAAUCCCGAUGCCGCGCACUACUCAACGCUCGGUGGGAGGCAGAAUAUGUCCGUCCCGUUCAACAAUGUCCUAUCGAACAUGCAGAUGACUGGGGGUGGGCAGCAGCAGCUCCAAGGCCAACAGUCUCAAUACAGUGGAUCCAUCAGUGGCAUCAACGCGAAAGCGCCGAUCCGCGCACCCCAAGACCCAUCCGCCACCACGAACACAAACCAACUACAGAGUGACAAAGAAAAAGCAAUCCUAGCAAUCAAAGAAUCGGAGAAAAUGCAGAACCUGAUCAAGUUCCUCGUUGAGUCCGGCAUCGACGUCCAGCGCGUCAUCGAGGGCACGCAGGAGAUGAUCAGUCUGUAUGACUGCUGGGAGCAGUAUAGUGAGAAAUCGGUCAAGGAUGUCGUGGCGCGAUGCUUGAAGUCUAGAGGGUUGGAUACUUGA